AUGAUCGAGGGUAAAACCAAAUCUACUCCGAAGCCAUCCAAACCUUCUUCGCCGUCAAACAGAAUUUAUUUGAAGCUCCGCCCGCCACGAUCGACAAACGACAUCACUGACAACGACACCAAGAAAUUCGACAGCGACGCGUCCAUCGAGGAAAUUAUUGAACUUCUCCAGAAUUUCUCGUUCGACGAGGCAAAGCAAUUGAAGCUCGCGAGAAUUGAGAACAUAAAGUUGAAAGGUAUAUUAUUGCGUCAGGUUCUGAAGAACUUGAAAAAGUGUGUUCGAAAAGUUGCACAGCUUUUGAUGUGGUUGAACACAAGAGUUUCGCUGGUACCAAACAGUAAUAGGCUGCACUACGAGUUCGACGGUUAUAUAUAUCAUUCAAUGUAUUUUUGA